CUGAUUGUCUUUUUUUUAAUUAAGGGACCCAAAUGCUCUGGGCGUGGUGUGUGCGACUGCGGCCAGUGCUUCUGCAACAGUGGAUUCACCGGUCAACUCUGCAACGAAAUUCAAGGUGGCGAGUCCGCGCUCUGUACAGACCCCAACGUGGAGAAGUGCGUCCUCUGCCUGCGUCGUGAAGUCCUCGGCGAGGACGAGGCGAAGAUUGACCAGACCGAGCCGAAUGAGGGUGAAAUGCCCAUGACCAUUCCACCCAAGGCUGCCGAGGCUUGUCAGGAGUCCUGCAAUACAACCGUCAUUGAUACACAGCGCGUACAGAUCAUUGAGGAGGCCAACCAGAAGGAUGGAUCAAAUUUGUGCAUCAUCUACACCGAAAAUUCCUGUCGUGUCAUGUUCACCUAUCGUUACUCUGAUGCCAUCUACGCCAAGCGCAAGGUUGACCUCAAAAUCGUUCGCAAGAGCGAGUGCACCAAGACCACCAACAUCCUCUUCAUCGUCCUGGGUGUAAUCGCGGCCAUCGUACUCGGCGGCCUGCUCUUGCUGCUAAUCUACAAACUUGUCAUUACCAUCGACGAUCGUCGUGAGCUAGCCAAGUUCAAGAUGCACAACGAUAAUGUCCACUGGGAAAUGGCAGAGAAUCCAAUCUUUGAGCCACCGACCACCCGUGUGAUGAACCCCACCUACGAUGAUGGCUACAAUUAG